AUGGAAUUACUCUUACUACCCCAAUGGUUUGUUGUGGUAGCUACUACUAUAGUGAUAAUAAUUUCUAGUUUCUACUCAUUUUAUCCAUCAAAAUAUGGAAAGAAGCAAAAAGUAGCACCACAUGCCGGCGGCGGAUGGCCCAUAAUCGGACAUCUCUUUCUUAUAAGGGGGCCGGAGCCGCUUCACCUAACCCUGUCCAAAAUGGCCGAUCAAAACGGCCCGAUAUUCACCGUGCAGCUAGGCACACGCCGCGGCUUGAUCGUGAACAGCCACGAGAUGGCAGAGGAGUGCUUGAAGACGAACGACGUAGCCUUCUCGAACAGGCAAAGGACCGCCGCAAUGAGCCUCAUGGGCUACAACUUCGCCAUGUUCGGCUUCAGCAACUACGGCGCCUACUGGCGCGAGAUGCGGAAGAUCGCGGUGCUGAGGCUCCUCUCCAACCGGAAGGUGGCGGCCCUGGCCUGGUCGCGGGAGGUUCAAGUGAGAGCGAUGAACAAGCAGUGCUACAAUUCGAUGCCGAAUGUGGAUAUGAAGAGGGUGCUGGGAGACCUGACGUUGAGCAUGAUGGUGAGGACAGUUGCGGGGGACGUGGAGGCGAGGAUGGGGGAGGAGGAGAGGGAGAGGUGGAGGCGGAGCGUCAGGGAUUUCUUCAAGAUGAUGACUGUUCACACCAUAUCCGAUGCUGUUCCUUGUCUUGGGUGGAUGGACAGAUUCGGGAAGAUGGAGAGGGCUUUCAUUGAUACAGGGAAGGAAUUUGAUACCAUGCUGCAGGGAUGGCUUCAGGAACAUAAGGAUACAUGGAAUGGAGCAAGGGAAGAUGAUGAUUUCAUGAACGAGAUGUUGGAUGCUGCACACACUGCUACUCAGGAGUUCCCUCACUAUGAUGCAGAUACCAUUAACAAAGCUAUGUGUCUGACAAUGAUAGUAGGAGGAAGUGAAACCACUGCCGCAGUUCUUACAUGGGCACUAACCCUACUUCUCAACAAUCGCCACACCCUCAAAAAGGCCCAAGAGGAACUAGACAUUCACGUUGGCCGAGAGAGACUAGUAAACGAAUCAGACCUCGAAAACCUAGCCUACAUCCGAGCCGUGAUCAAGGAAACAACGCGGCUGCAGCCACCCGUACCAGUCAUCCCUCGAGAGGCCGGGGUGGAUUGCCUGGUGGCUGGCUACCACAUACCAGCAGGCACACGCCUCUUCAUAAACAACUGGAAAAUCCAACGCGAUCCUCGUGUUUGGGCCGAUCCUCUCGAGUUUAGGCCGGAGAGGUUUCUCACAAGCCACAAGGAUAUCGAUUUUCAAGGCCUACACUUCGAGUUGCUUCCAUUCGGUGGCGGCCGGAGGGUCUGCCCGGCCGUGUCUUCUGCUCGACGCUUUGCGGAGCUCGCCCUCGCGAGCUUUCUGCAGGGAUUUGAUGUGGACACGUCUUCUGGUGAACCCAUUGAUAUGGCUGCUGGUUUUGGUACUACAAACAUGAUUUUUUCUCCAAUUCAAGUCUGCCUCAAGCCAAGGAUGAGUCCUAUACAUUAUGCAUGACUUGUUUAUGUUCACAUGUUAUUUAUUUUUGUCUUCUGCGUUGUCAUACCCACAUGUUUUCUGUAAUAAACGAUCGCCAUCCGUCCCAACUUAGUUGAGUUGUAUUCCAUUUUAGGAAGUCCCAACUUAGUUGAGUCAUAUGUUCUUUCCAGGAUGUCCCAACUUAAUUGAGUCGUAUUCCUUUUCCCUUCUAUA